CCAGUCGGUCGGCUGGUUGGAGCUCAGAACGAUGAUGACGGUUUAGUCUCGGAUGGGCGCUACGCUGCAAAGCAUCGCAAGGCUGCAGAAUACCGCUAACUGAAACAGUUGAACGUGAGGAUACACGCGCUCUUCGGUAACGGUACGCGCACGUGACUCACGAAUCACGACGCACGACGUGCGACCUACCAAGUCUUGUGAAAAGCCGUCGCCAAAAUAAAACAACUGCAAAAGUGUUACACAUAAUGCAAUCGUAUAAAUAAUAUUAUCAGAAAUAAUUGUGAAAUAUAUAUGCAUAUGGAAAGAGUGUGAUUUGUGUAAAAGUUAAUAUCUCUGUUAGCUAUAAAAUAAAAAUCAAAUAUAUAAUUCUUAGUAUUUAAAAAAAUAUACAAAAAUAAAAGCGAAAACUAGAGCUGAGCAAAAUUUAAAGUUAACGAAUUUAUGCAGUUUACUGCAUAAGAAUAUUGUGAAAAGAUGAACCAGCUGUGCAAAGUCUGCGGCGAACCAGCGGCUGGUUUUCAUUUUGGAGCAUUCACAUGCGAGGGCUGCAAGUCGUUUUUUGGCCGCACCUACAACAACAUCGCAGCGAUCGCCGGCUGCAAGCACAACGGGGACUGUGUCAUCAACAAGAAGAAUCGCACGGCUUGCAAGGCCUGCCGGCUGCGCAAGUGCCUGCUGGUGGGCAUGUCGAAGAGCGGUUCCCGUUAUGGCCGCCGCUCCAAUUGGUUCAAGAUACACUGCCUGCUGCAGGAGCAGCAGGGCAGCGGCGCGACCAUGGGCGCAGCCAGCGUGAGCAACGCGAAUCUGGAUCAGCUGGCGCGACUGCAGCAGGCGAGCAACCAGGCGCGACAAACCUACCAGGACAAAACGAAUCCCUGCAUCAAGUCGGCCACGGCCGCCACCUCGCCCACCAUUGCACUGCAGACGGCGGCGGCAGCAGCGGCGGCGGCAGCGGCAGCGGUAUCUACUGCCUCGACGCCAGCGCCCAGUUUGCCUGGAUUUCUGCAAGCAGCCAAGUAUCUGAACGAGCAGCAGCAACAGCAGCAGCAGCAGCAUCGCCAGCUGAAGCUCGAGUCCCGCCUCAGCAAUACGCCCAGCGAUUCGGGCGCCUCCUCGGCCGGAGAUCCCACGGACGACGGCACCAGCGUGCUGAGCGCAACGACGAACAGCAUUAGGAAGGCGGCACGACAGAGCAGCUCCGCAUAUGCGGGCAGCUCCGAGGCGGACAUUGCGGAGCAGCAGCAGCGACGCCACAAGGAGCUGCUGGAUAUCUUUCGCAGCCACUCGGAGCCGCUGUACAGCUCCUUUACGCCGUUCACCCUGCCGCCAGCUUUGAUGGCCAGCAGUUUGCCGCCGUUGCCCAUCUUCAAGGAGCAAUUCAAGUCGGAGCUGCUAUUUCCGUUCCCGACGAGCAGUCCAGCGGAGGAGGAGGAGCCCAUGGAUUUAUCGCUUCGCUCACGAACGGAUGCUGCAAGUCCGACGGCAAACAGCUCCAAUAGCCCACUCAGUGAAUCAGCCAACCUGCCCUCGGACUCGCCCGCCACCUUUGUACGCAAGCCCACGCCCCUCGACCUGACCCUGGUGCGCUCGCAAACGCUAACGGGAUAGGGCCACGGCAGGAAGCCAUCCCACUUGGCUAUUAGCAAACGAUUCGAUAUUGGUGCCAGUGAAAGUAUGUACAAAUAAAUUGUUUUUAGCUCAAUUACAGCAUUUAAGCGAUUCGAAAUACUCUCGUAUACACACACACACACACACACUCUAAUAUACGCAUAUACAUAUAUAAAUAUAAAUAUUAAAAUACUGUUUAGCCAAAUUUACAAUCGACUGUCAUUUAUUUGUGUGUUUUUAUUUAAUUUAUGUUUAGCACGUGUAUUAUACAUAAGUCAUUUAUAAUUUGCAUGUUGUUUUUCCCUUCUGUUUGUUUUCUUAAUUUUAAAUAAUUUAUUUCGUAGACAUAUAAGCUAAGCGAACCCAAUGUAAAAUGCAACAAACAAAUAAUAAAAACGAAAACAAU